AUGAUGAUGAUAGGCUGGUAUGCUGCACGCCUAUGGGACGACAAUGCAUGCUCCGGGGGGGGAGACCGCGGGAAAAACCAGGACCUUCCCUGCUCUGGUGAUGGUGCUGCUGCUGAUACUGCUGUUGAUGCUGCUGCUUCUGUUGCUGCUGCUACUGGUGUUGCUGCAGGGGGAACUUCACUGCAGAAUUUUGCUCAUUGGAUGCAACAGAUGAAUAGCGGCGAGCCUUUGUCUUCUUUCUCUUCUCCAAGUUUUGUAUUUUCACCUUCUUCUCUGUUCCCUUCACAUCGUCGAGGUGAAUCCACCCACACCUCGGGGGUGGGGCAGCUGCAAGAGACCACAACGCCUCAGCACAACGAGCAACAGCAGCAGCAGCAGCAGCAGCAGCAACAGCAGGAGCGCUGCCCCUUGCCAGGGGUGGACGUGAUUCGGGGCCGGUAUCCUCUGGAGAGAAUUACCAGUUGUGUAUAUGCAUUUCUGGGUGCCCACGACAACCUCGUGCAGCCGGGUCAGUAG